GGAAACAAUUCCGCGCAGCGACUGGGAAAGGCGCCGCCUGUCGGAGUGCGCAGGAAAGGGGCGGGGCUUAUAGGACCGGAAGCAGUGGUCUUCAGUCACCCACCUGCGGGUCAGAGCGGAACCUUUGGGGCGGUGCAGGGUUUCUCGGCGAGUUUGGCAGUUAGGAGGACGGAACGGUUUCCGUGUCCGGCUAAGCUCUCUGAAAGACUGGGAAAGGGUCACCGAGCAACCAGAAACAUGGGACAUGGACAUGAACACAGCAAAGUGAAGCUUCCUGAUUAUAGAAUGUGGAAGAUAGAAGGUACUCCCUUACAGACGGUCCAAGAAAUGUUGGCUCGUCGGGGUCUCAAGGAUCCGUGGCUUCGAUUGAAGAUAUGGGCACUUCUGCAUAGAAUCACUUACACAAUAAUCAAUGAAGCGUGGAGGUACAUGGGUGGCUAUGCAAAACCUAUCACUUUACUUGAAGUUCUCGGCAAAGGAUUCAAAUGGGGAUUUGCAGCCUUUGUAGUAGCUCUUGCAGUUGAAUAUACUCUUUUCCCGCCAAAGAAAGAUGAAGGGCAUCACUGAAGACUCUUAUUAUGAAUCAAUAGCAUUUUCUGACUUUGCAUGAAAAGAUGCAUAUUAAAGUUCUUAAAGACA